AUGUUCAGGUCCACGAUCUUUCGACAGGCCGCGAAAGCCUUCAGUCAGAGAUCUCAUCCUGCUCCAUUCGCUGCUCCUCUCCGGUGUUCCGCCUCUAACACCUUCUUCCGUCCCCUCUCGUACACAAUUCCUCGCUCAACAGGCGGAAAGAAAGACCCCGAAGAAUCCGAGGUAGAAGGGCGAUUCGCGCGUACUGAUGAGAGCGUUGUAAUUGAAUACCCCAAUGACGCGGACAUGCCCCGUACUCCGAUCGUCCAGGGCCGUGGAGGAAUGCACUUCAAGCGUACCCUUGCCCAAUUCUCCCUAGAAAACAAGGUCAGCUUGGUGACAGGAGGAGCCCGUGGUCUUGGUCUGGUCAUGUCUCAGGCGCUUGUUGCGUCCGGCUCUGAUUUGGCCAUUGUGGAUUUAAACCCUAAUGCGUCACAGGAGAGGAAGCUGAAGACCAGGCUCAGAAGCUCGUCGAACAGUUUAAGAAGGAAAAUCCGGGCUUGGAACAGUAAGUCGAUUGGCGGGUUCCAGGCAUUUUUGUCAGUAGCAGACGCUAACGUUCUUUUCACUUUUCUUUUUUCUAGAAUGCCCAACGUUACAGCUCACUACGCCGACGUGGCAAACCCCGACUCUGUAAAUACAGCAAUUGCGGAAGUUAUCUCGAAGCACGGCCGCAUCGAUCACCUCGUCACUUCCGCUGGUUUUACCGAAAACUUCGAUGCCAUCUCCUACCCUUAUGACCGCAUGCAAAAGCUCUGGGGUGUCAACGUUGAUGGAACAUACUUGUUCGCGGUUGGUGUUGCGAAGCAUCUCAUGGAACGCAAGGCUCCGGGCAGCAUGGUUCUGAUUGGAAGCAUGUCCGGCGCCAUUGUCAAUGUUCCUCAGCCCCAGGCUCCUUACAAUGCGGCCAAGGCUGCUGUGCGUCACCUGGCCGCUUCUCUUGCCGUGGAGUGGGCCCCUCAUGGCAUUCGGGUUAACUGCAUCAGUCCUGAAUACAUGCUGACAGCUCUGACCCGCAAAAUUCUCGAUGAAAGGCCGGAUCUGAGGGACAAGUGGACCUCCCUUAUUCCUGUUGGAAAGAUGGGUACUCCGGAAGACCUGAUGGGCGCCGUGACCUUCCUCCUCAGUGACGCAUCCAAGUACAUUACUGGUGCGGAUCUCCGCGUCGACGGUGGAUACACUCUGACCUAA